AGUAGCAUUACCAACUUGAAUUAUAUCACCAAAAAGAAACAAAUCUUCGAUAAAAAAAUAUGUAAAUUAAGCAAAAUAACAUAAAAAUUAGCAUUUAUAACUAAUUUCCAACAUCAACAAGAACACCCAUCGAAAAAUAUCAAGAAAAUAAAUGGAAUUAGGAUAUAAAGCGUGGGUACAUUUUUGUUUGACAAUUAACUAUAACACGUUUUCACCACGUAUUUCAAUUUGAGUAUAAUAAAAGUCUGGGUUUUGUCUAAACUUUAUCUCCAACGUGAUCACCUAGAAACCUAGAUAAAUAAGAACCUAGAAUAUAAUAGAAAUAAUGGUUAAAAUGUGUAAAUUUCAAUUGUUUUUGGUAUGUUGUUUAGUUAUUUUAAACUAUUCUUUGGCUCAACAUCAUAAUCAUCAUCAUCAUGACCAUGAUCACGCACAUCACGAUCAUCCGGCGGAGUCGCCGUCUUUUAAAUACUCAAAGGCUGCCAAUGAAAAGGUAGCUGAAGAGAAACGAUCUGAAACUGUAAAAAAUCAACUGAAUGAUAAUGAAAUCUGGUUAUAUGCGAUGGGAUCAACUUUAUUAAUUAGUGCAGCCCCAUUUUUUAUCUUAUUUUUUAUUCCUCUGGAUAAUACACAACAAAAACAACCUUUAUUAAAAAUAUUAUUGGCCUUUGCUUCUGGAGGUUUACUUGGGGAUGCUUUUCUACAUUUAAUUCCACAUGCAGCAAUGAAUAAUGAACAAGACCAUGGGCAUGGACAUGGUCAUAAUCAUGGGCACUCCCAUAAACAUGGUGAAGAAGAUAAACAUGACAUAUCAGUGGGUUUAUGGGUUUUAUGUGGAAUAAUAACGUUUUUAAUUGUUGAAAAAAUAGUUAGAAUAUUAAAAGGUGGUGGUGGUCAUGGUCAUUCGCAUUCAAUUCAAAAUAAACCAAAAGAAAAUAAUGAUAAGAAACAGAAAAAGAAGGAGCCUAAAGAAGAACAUAAGAAAGAUAUAAAAGUAGCUGGUUAUCUAAAUUUAGCUGCUGAUUUUUGUCAUAAUUUCACUGAUGGUCUUGCGAUUGGUUCUUCUUAUUUAGCUGGGAAUACAAUUGGUAUUAUAACAACAAUCACAAUAUUACUACAUGAAGUUCCCCAUGAAAUUGGAGAUUUUGCCAUUUUACUCCAAUCUGGGGUUUCAAGAAAAAAUGCCAUGUUCCUUCAAUUAACCACAGCACUUGGCGCUUUGGCUGGUACAGCUCUAUCUUUAUUAGUUCAAAACACAUCUGGUUUACCUACAGGAUGGAUUUUACCAUUUACAGCAGGUGGUUUUAUUUACAUCGCUUUAGUAUCUGUUAUUCCAGAAUUAUUGGAUGAAGAAAAACCAAGUUUCGUUCAAACUUUGUUACAAGUAUCAGCUUUGUUCUUUGGUGUUUAUAUGAUGGUGUUAAUUGCAGAUUAUGAAUGAAAUUGUAGAUUAAAUUAAAGUAUAUUUGUGGAAUUUUUAUAUUUUUUAUGGAAUUAAACUUCAUAUUAAGAUUAUCAGUAAUGAACAAUGCAAAUUGUUGUGAUAAUUAA